AUGCGUAACCCUACGGCGCGUUACGUCUCAACGGCUGCAUCUUUGUUGGAAUCGCACGGCGACACACUGGAUGCUUGCACUUCCUAUUUCCCAUAUAUAAACGAUAUCAAUUUGGCUGAAUUUAUGAGUGGUUGGCUUUUUUUUGCUUUUUACUUUCUGACUGGUUGCCUUUUUUUAAGUCCGUGA